GUCCCGUGAGCUCCGCGUCUCCGCCGCUGUCUUCUCCUCCGGGCCGGAUCGGAUCCGAGCCGGAGCAUGGAACCAGGGCAGCCCCGGGAGGCUCGCGAACCCGGGCCAGGGGCAGAGACCGCCGCAGCGCCGCGCUGGGAGGAAGCCAAGACUUUCUAUGACAACCUCUCGCCCAAGAAGAAACCCAAAUCGCCAAAGCCUCAAAAUGCGGUCACCAUCGCGGUGUCCUCCAGAGCCUUGUUCCGAAUGGAUGAGGAACAGAGAAUCUACACGGAGCAGGGUGUAGAGGAGUAUGUGAGAUACCAGCUGGAGCACGAGAACGAACCCUUCAGCCCCGGGCCUGCUUUCCCCUUUGUGAAGGCCCUGGAGGCUGUGAACAAGCGACUCCGGGAGUUGUACCCCGAUAGCGAAGAUAUCUUCGACAUUGUCCUCAUGACCAACAACCAUGCUCAAGUGGGAGUUCGUCUCAUCAACAGUAUCAACCAUUAUGACCUGUUCAUUGAGCGAUUCUGCAUGACAGGUGGGAAUAGCCCCAUCUGCUACCUCAAGGCCUACCACACCAACCUCUACUUGUCAGCUGAUGCAGACAAAGUGCGAGAAGCCAUUGAUGAGGGGAUUGCAGCUGCCACCAUCUUCAGCCCCAGCAGGGACGUGGUUGUGUCCCAGAGUCAGCUCCGCGUGGCCUUCGAUGGGGACGCAGUACUCUUCUCCGAUGAGUCAGAGCGCAUCGUCAAGGCCCAUGGGCUGGACAGAUUCUUUGAGCAUGAGAAGACCCAUGAGAACAAACCUUUGGCACAGGGCCCCCUAAAGGGCUUCCUGGAAGCACUGGGUAGACUGCAAAAGAAAUUCUACUCCAAGGGCCUGCGGCUGGAGUGCCCGAUUCGCACUUACUUGGUGACAGCGCGCAGUGCAGCCAGUUCUGGAGCCCGGGCCCUCAAGACCCUGCGCAGCUGGGGCCUGGAGACAGAUGAGGCCUUAUUCCUAGCUGGAGCACCCAAGGGUCCCCUUCUUGAGAAGAUCCGCCCACACAUCUUCUUUGAUGACCAGAUGUUCCACGUAGCUGGAGCUCAGGAGAUGGGCACUGUGGCAGCCCAUGUGCCUUAUGGUGUGGCUCAGAAUCCCCGGCGGGCUGCCGCUGCAAAGCAGUCACUAGGUGCACAGUAG